UCACAACAAAAACAAAAUAAACUGUGCUGUGUGUGAGGUUAUUAUUUGUAAACAAGUAUAAGUAAAUAAAUAAAGUAUGUCUGAUUGGGAUACGGUGACCGUGUUGAAGAAAAGGGCCCCCAAGGCUUCGGCAAUGAAGAGCGAACAAGCUGUCAAUGCCGCACGAAGACAGGGAGUCGCUGUGGACACGCAACUCAAAUGGGGUGCCGGCAGUAACAAACAGCAUGUCACCACAAAAAACACUGCGAAAUUGGAUCGCGAGACUGAAGAACUGAAACAUGAAGCAAUAUCUUUAGAUGUUGGAAAGCUCAUUCAACAAGGUCGCCAAUCAAAAGGUCUCAGUCAGAAAGAUCUUGCCACUAAAAUCAAUGAAAAACCACAAGUCAUCACUGAUUAUGAAGCAGGAAGAGGGAUUCCCAAUAAUGUGAUUAUUGGUAAAAUUGAAAGGGUCAUUGGCAUAAAGCUUAGAGGAAAAGAUCGUGGCCUAGCAGUGGUACCCCCAGGAGCAAAAAAAUAAAAUAAUUCCUGGGGGAAGACAAAUAUUAACAAAUUAUGCUAGAAUAUUUAUUUCUAUUAGAGUUUGUAGGGGGUAAUCCUGCAUAUAUUCUGAGUCUC